CGUUGUUUAUAACACCCAUUACGCACUUAAGCGGUAUUUUUCGCCGUCCUCCGCUGCAAUUACUCAGCGAAUGAAUGCAAUCUUUUCUGACAAUAACGUAAACGCCGAGGGGGGUGGAGAGGGUGAGAGCAUCUUGCACUUCUGCUCGCCUCGGAUGGAGCACGGUAAAAAAAAACCUGUUCCGUUGAUUAAUUUAUGUAUAGCUUUAUCACACUGCAGACCAUUACAUCUGUUCGUAUUUUUAGCAAACCGGUCUGUUUAUACGACCCUUUUGUCAAUGACACAGACUCACUAUGCAAACAGCAUGUAAUAAUUUCAGUGCACGAAGGACAAAGAUCCGGCCGGGAAAGACAGCAUGAAGUUACAAAUCUCCGGUCUUUUGCUUGCAAUGGCAGUAACCUAUGCAACGAUUGAGGCUCCUGAGGAGUUUGUCUCAUUGGCUGAGAUGGAGGACACUUUGUUGAGAAAUCUUUUUCUGGGGUAUCAGAAGUGGGUGAGGCCUGUUCUCCAUGCCAAUGACACGAUCACUGUACGCUUUGGUCUGAAAAUCUCACAGCUGGUGGAUGUGGAUGAAAAGAAUCAGCUAAUGACCACUAAUGUCUGGUUGUGGCAGGAGUGGACAGACUAUAAACUUCGGUGGAAUCCGGAAGAUUAUGGUGGAAUCACAUCUAUUAGAGUGCCCUCAGAAACUAUCUGGCUACCAGACAUAGUCCUCUAUGAGAAUGCUGAUGGCCGAUUUGAGGGUUCUCUAAUGACCAAAGCCAUUGUAAGGUUUAAUGGUACCAUCAUGUGGACUCCUCCAGCCAGCUAUAAAUCGUCCUGUACCAUGGAUGUCACAUUUUUCCCCUUCGACAGGCAGAACUGCUCAAUGAAGUUUGGAUCCUGGACAUACGAUGGCACUAUGGUGGAUCUGACACCUGUUGACCCAUACGUAGACCGUAAAGACUUCUUUGACAAUGGUGAAUGGGAAAUACUCAACGCCACUGGGCAGAGGGGCAGUCGGCGUGACGGCAUCUACUCCUAUCCUUAUGUCACAUAUUCAUUCAUACUGAAACGUCUCCCUCUCUUUUACACACUCUUUCUCAUUAUUCCAUGUCUCGGCCUAUCGUUUCUCACCGUGCUGGUCUUCUACCUUCCGUCGGAUGAAGGAGAAAAGCUUUCGCUUUCCACCUCUGUCCUUGUGUCUCUCACUGUGUUUCUUCUUGUUAUUGAAGAGAUUAUCCCAUCUUCCUCUAAAGUCAUCCCUCUGAUAGGAGAGUAUCUACUUUUCAUCAUGAUAUUCGUCACGUUCUCAAUCAUUGUUACUGUUUUUGUCAUCAAUGUCCAUCACCGUUCCUCUGCCACAUACCAUCCCAUGGCACCUUGGGUUAAGAGCCUUUUUCUCCAGAGGUUACCCAGAUUACUCUGUAUGAGGGGGCACACGGAUCGUAAUCAACACCCCGACAUUGAGCUGCGAAGCCCAGAGCUAAAACGAGGGAUGAAACGAGGGCAACAGAAGAGUGCUGGAGGAGGAAGAGUGGGAAUAAAGGAAGAUGAGAACCAGGCCUGGAUUGCACUGUUGGAGAAAGCCACUAAUUCAGUGCACUACAUUUCCAGACACAUCAAGAAGGAACACUUCAUAAGAGAGGUGGUUCAGGACUGGAAAUUUGUUGCUCAGGUGUUGGACCGGAUCUUCUUAUGGGUCUUUCUCACAGUUUCUGUGCUUGGGACAAUCCUCAUCUUCACCCCGGCACUUCAGAUGUACCUAAGCACACCUUAAAAACCCAUUUGAACCUACAACAACAUUCCUACAACUUACAGCCCCUUUCAAAUAUAUAUCCUUCCCACAACCUUACAGAAAUCCAUCUAAAUUGUCCUCCUCUGACCUAGCCACAUUUGUAAUCCAUUCAGAAUUCAACUUCUAUCUCUGCCUCAUAAUCCUUCUCAGUGCUGUGCUCAAAAGUAAAUUAAGGAUUUAGGAAUUGUAUGUCCAUUUUACACAAUAGGCAGUUUAAGGUAGGUGGAAUUUGGAUCUGUCUAGGCUCUCGGAGGGAAUCAUGAUUUUAAAUAUCUUUAAUAAUUUGAUAGAUCUAAGUACUUUCAUUUAAAAGGUGUAACAAUGCUUAGGCCUCUUAUUUUGCAUUCAGACCCACAAAUAGUGUGAACUAUAGUCUGGUUUUAGGUUCCCUCAAUGCAGUGUUUGAUAAAGGAAUAGUUCACCCAAUAAUGAAAAUUCUGUCAUAAUUUAUCUGCCCUCAUGUUGUUCCAAACUUGUAUGGCAUUCUUAUGUAGAUUCAAAAGGAGAUGAUAUCACAGCCCAUCUUUUAAGUACAAUGGUACAAUGGUUUAAAGCUUAAAAAAGGACCCAAAAGUAUCAUAAAAGUAGUCCAGGCACCUUGUGCAUCAUAUUUCAAGUCUUCUGAAGACACAUGAUAUGUUUUAGUGAGAAACAACGCAAAAUUGUUCACAAUGGCACGUGUGUUCAUGUGAGAGCUUCAGUUUUUUUUGUGCUAAACAAUGCAAGUUCUCACGUGAACACGCAAAAUUUUGGGUUGCUUCUCACAAAAAUAUUAUGCCUUCAGAAGACUUGGAGUAAGAUGCAUAAUCCACUACCAUUGUAUUGUUGAUAUGGCUGUGAUACUUAUUCAAACGUUUCCUUUUGUAUUCUGUAUAAGAAAGAAAGUCAUAUGAGUUUGGAACAUCAUGAAGAUGAGUAAAUUAUGACAGAAUUUUAAUUUUUGGGUGAUCUUUUCCUUUAAGGAGGAGCUUUCACUCGUGUUAAUUUGCUACAGGUGGAAGAGAGCAAACUAAUGAAGCUGGUCAUAAAAAUUGUAUACAAACAUCUUUAGUUUUCUUAUCGUAGGAAUCUUAGGAGAGACUGUUGAAAAAAUGUAUCACUCAUUUGAAGCUGAUUCAAUGGUCAGAGCACACCAGAAGCAUAACCUGGACACAACUGGUUGUGUUUGCCAUUAUUAGCAAGCUCUGGAUUAAUAUAGCUUCCUUUUAUUAUUUUAGUGCAUUCAUAAUGUUACGAGUCCAAAAAAAGAUGUCGUCAUCGUAUUGUAGCUUUAUGUUUAUUGCAUAUUUAAUUGUACAAAAUAACCCUAACUUGUCAGUCAUAUCUGUGUUGUUGGACAUGUGUCUUCCUCUCUGCACUUCUGUGACACAUCAGAUAAAUUUCUGUAUUCUGAAUAGCCCAGACAUUGCAGAGGAAACUGUAAUACUGUAUGGAGAUCAGUGUUACUUUAUUUGCAUUCCAUAUAAUUAAAACAGUGUUUUAGAGAAGGCCCUAUUUGUCUGGAGACUUUCAUUAAAAAAAUGUAUACACUG